AUGAUAGACGUUAGCACAUGGGCGAAACGUCUGGGAGAUCCCAUGAUGGAGGUAUACGGUAAAGAGAGGUUCGCCCAAUAUUGGGCGCGAUGGGUCGACGGAAUGUCGCAAGCUGCGGAGGAAAAUAAUAUGGACAUCUGUAGAGAAUGGUUGAAAUACAUAAAAUGCCCCACAUUGGUCCUUCACGGGGGCCUCAUCUGUCAUUUGGCGGAGGAUAUAAAGUUCAGACCCACCAAUCACUCUUUCCUUAUCAAGUUUACAGGCCUGAUAAUCAGCGCUGCAAUAGUCAAAAAUCACAGCAUCAUGCUGAGAUUACACAUCUAUCCUGAUGGAAAACACGAUAUUCACAUGCGAUACACAAAGGAUUUCAAUAGAAGAGUACAAGACUUCGUACUGGAAGAAAACGUCGCAGACAUCUAG